AAACUCGAAUCUCACUUCCUUGUCCUCACGCCCCCACCGCCUCCCACCAUCCAACGAAUAUAUUCUCUUUCGACUUUUCUCAUUUUCCCGUUGAUUCAUGAUCGAAAAUUUUCUUUUUUUUGAUAAUUUCUCGUCUUCCCGGUGGCUGAUUUUUCUCCCCAUUUCUCCUUCGUACUCUCUCUCUCUCUCUCUCUCUCGCUCUCGCCCUCGCUACAGUGUGGUAAGAGCUGUCAUGUCGUUCAGAGGGACAAAUGCGUCGUCUGGAAUGGGUGUUGCUGAACACAGCAAAACCACUUAUCUGGAACUGCAGAGGAAGAAGGUUCACCGCUAUGUGAUUUUUAAGAUCGAUGAGAAGAAAAAAGAGGUUGUUGUUGAGAAGACUGGAGGUCCAGCUGAAAGCUACGAAGAUUUCACCUCCUCUUUGCCAGAGAAUGACUGCCGAUAUGCUGUCUAUGACUUCGACUUUGUAACUUCUGAAAACUGUCAAAAGAGCAAGAUCUUUUUCAUCGCUUGGUCCCCUUCCGUGUCUCGUAUUCGCCCCAAGAUGCUGUAUGCAACGUCCAAGGACAGGUUCCGAAGGGAGCUCGAGGGCAUCCACUACGAGAUCCAAGCAACCGACCCAACAGAGAUGGAUCUCGAAGUUCUCAGAGAACGGGCAAACUAGGGGUCGCUUUGCUCUCAUGCUAAAGAAAGGAAAGUAAGGGGCUACUGUUUACUUUUUGCGACCCAUAGUUUCUGAUCAUGGGUGAUAUCUCUGCGACACUAAUAGUAUAUGUAAGACAAGCAGCUAACUCUCUAAAUAAUCGGCGCCCGGGAAGACUGACUAGGAGCUGCCCUGCAAGACACCCCAAGUUAUGGGGAAUGCGAGCUUCUGUAUCCGUGAUGCUUCUCGGGUGAAAAAUGGUUGUGCAAUGAAUCGAUGUUAAAUGAUAUGGCUUCGCUUGGUAUUGAUGCAAAUCAAAUGGUACAUUGUCAUCA